AUGGUAUUGGGGUUGGGGUGCCUUUUUCCCAAGGAGGUUUUAUUUUCACGUGGGACAUCAUUGCGAUUCCUUCUGGUAGUAGUUGAGCGUUCGGAGGACGUGUUGCGGUGCGAUUGCUCUGCAGCGGAGGUUAACACACCCCAAAAUCCUGGUGACGCUGUCCAGCCAAAGGUCAGCCGUAGGUCCGCUACAAGCACGUCUCCUAUCACGUAGCAAGAGUUGUGAGCAUGAUCUGGUGAU